GCAGAGUUUGGAAGUCUGCGGUGGCUGGUGGCUUGUCCGCCGCCCUGCUGGGCGAACUGGUGUUUUUAUUUUUAGCUGGUUUUAUAGUUUAGCUCUGCUCGACUCAUCCCGGAUUGGCGGACGGCGGACGUCGAGACCACGGCGGCGGAAGGACUCUGCUCCAGCGGCGACGUCGGUGGACCUUCCCGGAUGGCAACGGCCGGCGGACCAUCGAGGAAGCCCUUCAGCGGGCCGUGGCUGGUAGCAGGCGGUGGCCUGCGGAAUACCACCCGGUUCUGCUGGAGGGCUGAGGGGGAGGUGGGCACCUUCCCCGACCGGCUGGCCUUCAUCCGGGAGGUGGCCUUCGAAGCACUGGGCCUUCGUAUGGAAGAUGUUCUUUGCGUACCGCGGAAUGGCCCCUUCGAAUUCUUUGAGGUCACCUUGUCCACCGAUGACAGCUGCAGCAAGGUCCUGGAGCGGAGCAAGGAGGGGGCCCAGCACCCUCUCCUUAGACGGUAUACCAUCGAGCCUCUGUGGUGGCCCGACAAGCGGGUUAUUACUGUCCACUGUUUUAACCCGCAUGUUACCGCCGAGUCCGUCUGCUUGUUUUUAAAAAAAAGUAUGUGGACCUCCUUCCUGGCCACAGGGACAUCCGGGAUGAGCUGGGGAUCUGGACUGGCCGACGCCAGUUCCAGGCCCGCCUGCGCCCGGACGCUAAUGGGGCAGGCGGUUUUAGCCACCCCCCAGCCUAUUUUAACCUACAGGGAAAUAAGGCAUACCUUUUUUAUUCUGGACAGCCUCCCUUCUGCCGGCAGUGCCACAGCUUUGGACACACCCUGGAGGGAUGCGCUAACCUGCGCUGCCGCAACUGCCUGGAGUCGGGGCACAUGGCCAGGGACUGCAAGGGCCCCCGUCGCUGCAUACACUGCAACGGAAGUCCACCUCCGGGACCAGCGGGACGAGGCUCUCUUUUCACGACAGUGGAAGAGGGGUAGAUCCUACUGGAGCGUAGGUGGCGUCCACUCCUCAGGCGUCGGGAUCCUUUUUGGCGACCGCGCCUUUGAAGAAAUCGACACUUGA